CAGGGUGUGAGCCUCCCCUCCCCCACCUGAACGCCGCAGCUGCACGGGGAACGGCCGCCUUGGCGGAGAUGCAGCCACACCCCAGCCUGAUGCUGCUGCUCCCGCCUGCUACUGGAGUGUUGGGGAGGGGCCCCCCAAAUUGUGCGACGCCGCGCGUGAGAGGAAGGUAUAAAGGGGAGCGAGAGGGCGGGACCGAAGAGGAAAGGGAAAAAAAAAACCUAGGGGGAGAGGGGUGGGGGGGACGCGCGAAGGGCGCGCUCUCGCAUCACGUGACCGGGACGCGCUGUUCUUCCGUCGGCCAUUUUAGGUGGUCCGCGGCGGCGCCAUUAAAGCGAGGAGGAGGCAAGAGCGGCCGCCGCUGGUGCUUAUUCUUUUUUAGUGCAGCGGGAGAGAGCGGGAGUGUGCGCCGCGCGAGAGUGGGAGGCGAAGGGGGCAGGCCAGGGAGAGGCGCAGGAGCCUUUGCAGCCACGCGCGCGCCUUCCCUGUCUUGUGUGCUUCGCGAGGUAGAGCGGGCGCGCGGCAGCGGCGGGGAUUACUUUGCUGCUAGUUUCGGUUCGCGGCAGCGGCGGAGACACUAG